ACAUCGCAGGAAUUUAAACGUUUCUCCAGCCGGCGAGUCGCCGGAAUUCAUCGAAUUGUUCUGCUUCAUCUACGAGUGCAGUGAGAUGUGAUCGAAAGAAUUCACUGAAUCCAGUGGAUGAAUAAACUUUGCUCGGAUUCUUUACUAUUUUGUACUCGAUGUCAGUGAGACGUGCAGUCUAACCUAUUGAGGUCACGUGCUGUAAACAUGUUGACGGAUUAUUUUUUAAAGUACCACGCUGAUGAUGUGAUGACGAUACUUGAGGCACCGGACGAUUCGAUGCAUUAUCCAAUCUACGUUAAUUUCGUCACAUUAUUUGGGGCUGAACCAGAAGCAGCUAACAACAUCCUUCGAAAGCCGAGACUGUACUUACCCCUCUGCGACGCUUCAGCCGUAAAAUGCCAGAAAUUACUAGCCCAAUCUCACCAUAAAAUCAAACAAAGAAUUCAUACAAGAAUCACAUCAACCCCCCAUCGAGCAAAUCACGAGAAUAUCGGUGAAUUCGUAACCACAACUGGUAUUGCAGUAAGAAUAUCCCAACCGAGUGUUUUAAAACUAGUGAAACGAUGGUACUGCAAAAAGUGUGAGCACAUCACAGCUGUCAAUUUGUCUUGGGAAUUGCAAACAUUCAAAGAGCCCAAACAAUGUGAGAAGUGCUUUGCAAAGAGUCUCAGAGUUGAGAAUAAUGUUGAUGCUGAUGAUUGCGUGGAUUAUCAAGAGGUGAAAAUUCAGGAGAAGGUGCAGACUGACAGCAGUAGCUCUUACAAUGAGGGGAUGCAAGUGAUUCUGAUGAGCGAUUUGGUGGAUCAAUGCGCCCCGGGCAAUGAUGUGGAAGUAAGUGGAGUCGUUAUUGAACGCUGGACGCAAAUAGCUGAGGGCAAGAGGCCCGAGGCAACUACGGUAAUGCUUGCCAACAGUUUGUCAAUAUUACGAAAAGUUUUGGAUUCAAAUUAUUCCGAGAUUGAAAUAACGGAAAUAUUCCGGAAUUACUGGGAAAGAUAUGAAGGUAAACCACUGGAAGGGAGGAAUAAUAUUCUAGCGUCUAUUUGUCCUCAGCUCUUCGGUAUGUACUUCGUAAAACUAGCGCUCGCUGUGGUUCUUGCGGCUGGAGUUUCCAAGCUCAAUCAAACUGGUGUAAGAGUAAGGGGAGAGCCACAUUUAUUGAUGAUAGGUGACCCUGGCACUGGCAAAUCCCAGAUACUCAGAACUGCUGCAAGACUAGCUGUACGAUCAGUUCUCACAACUGGAGUGGGAACUACUGCUGCAGGGUUGACAGCAGCUGCAGUCAAGGACACAGAUGGCUGGCAUCUGGAAGGUGGUGCCCUAGUCCUGGCUGACGGUGGAGUUUGCUGUGUCGACGAAUUCACAACAAUGAAUUCUAACGACCGUGCAUCACUCCACGAAGCGAUGGAGCAACAGACGAUAUCGAUAGCCAAAGCUGGUCUAGUCAGUACUCUCAAUUCACGAUGUUCAGUCAUAGCUGCUAUAAAUCCUGUCGGUGGAAAAUUUGUGGAGGGAGUUGAGAUGAAGACAAAGCUUGGCAAUCCACUUCUAUCGAGAUUCGAUUUGAUUCUGCAACUCAGGGACAAUAAAAACCUUGAGUGGGAUCGUAUGACUGCUGAGCAUUUACUGAGAGCUGCCUGCGAUGAUCCUGACGACCAGGAUACGAGAACUGUAAAGAAGCCCAUGGAGCUUCUGAAAUCCGACAAUCUGUGGGACGAAGAGAGUCUCCGUGAGUACUUUGCCUACAUCCAUACCCUGGAGCCCACAUUAACCGAGGAAGCAGACGUAAUUCUGCGAGCAACCUUUCUCCACCAUCGAAAGAACCCAAACAGAAGGGAAGAGAGAACGACAGUGCGACUCCUGGAGAGUCUCAUCAGACUGGCGGAGGGUCAUGCAAGAUUAAUGUACAAGAAGGAAGUCGAUAUUAUGGACGCAAUAGUUGCAGCUCAACUUGUUGGUACAAUUCCCACGUACAAUGACGCUGGCUGUCCAUUCCCCAAGGAUCCAAUGGCCGUAUUUAAUCAAGAAACAACAGAACUAUUGGAAUUACUCGGUUUGGAGCACCUGCUGGGCUCCUCGUCAGACAAUCAACAGUAAUUAAUAUUCACUCUCAUCAAGAAUUCAUCAUCCCUCACCAUAUCAACAGCAGGUCCUCAAUUAACAUUCCAUUCACCCCUGACACGAAUUUUUCAAUUUUUCCAAUCAUCAAAUAUCCUCACUUCCAUUAAAUUAUUCAUUAAAAUGAUUUAUUCAUCUAACGUAAUGAAAAGUCCCAGCGGCCUAACGCACUAAACAUAAAUUCUCACAUAAUUUUAAUAACGACAUCCUUGUAAAAAUUAAAUUGUUUAUUGUUGCUGUACUAUAAUCAAACAUUAUAUGAAUACGAAUUCACGUGGGACUCCGUAACUCCGCACCCCCUCACAUUUCCCUAGAGACUAUAUAAAAAUAACGAUACAUACUCGUGUCCGAAUAACUCGUCUAUCAUCAUUUUGUCAUUUCAAUGAUUUUUACAUUUGUUUGACCCAUAGAACUUCGUUAGCGAACAGUGCACUGUUAAAUGAUCUAUUCUUCCAAUGAUGAAGACACUAUAGAAAAUAAAGCAAACGCAGUCGUUUAUUCCUCGAAUAAUUUUGAAUUGUGACCGACUAGUUUUAAAUCAGAAAAGAAAAACAAAUUUUAAUUAAUUAAAUACUCGACGUCGUUAAUUCAACAGAGUUCAUUAACAAUUAAAAAAAUCGUCAGAAUGACUGUGCAUAUAAUACGAUAGCAUACGUAUAAUUACACUCAAUGUAGUCAUUAUCACCAGAAAUAACUGUAAAAAGUCUUCACAGCAAAUCCUCAAUCCACCAAUGAUGAUAUACAGAUUAAUACUCACAAGUUUCGUGGAAACAAUAACGAUAAACCUCGAAAGAGUCAGUAAAGCAAUAAACGAGACACUGAUUGAAUAUUAAUGUUAUCAAUUUGCA